GUGACAGCAGAGGAGACGCUUGCAGAAAGCAGAGAGGGAGGAGUGGCUGUGCAGGCUACGUUUUCCCACAGGACAGUAGUAGCUGGAGAUGUUUGCCGUCACUGCCUCUGUGCUCCGGCGGGGAGCUUUGAGAUACCGGGACUGCCAGUGCACCAUGACAACCAUUGUAUCUGGAAACAAGACCUCACAACAGGUGAAGGAGCGACUGAAGAAGGAGGUAGCAGAGAUGAAGAAUCAGUUCCCAGGCUUCAGGCCUGGCUUGGUUGUCCUGCAGGUUGGGGACAGAGAUGACUCAAACCUCUACAUCAGCAUGAAGCUCAAGGCAGCGGCUGAGAUUGGAAUCAAUGCGAACCACAUUAGGCUUCCCGAGACAGCCACAGAGGAUGAAGUCCUGCGAAGUAUAGUUGCAGUAAAUGAGAAUCCUGCGGUCCAUGGCCUCAUCGUACAACUAUCACUUGACUCUAUCAACACAAUAAACGCAGAGAAAGUAACCAAUGCUGUGGCCCCAGAGAAAGAUGUGGAUGGAAUUACUUCUACUCCAUUGGGCGAGGGAAAGCGCACCACCGCUCUCGGACUGGCUCAGGCUUUAGGGGCCCACCUGAAUAUCAACGCUUUUGCUUGCGUGCAAGAGCCUACCCCAGGAUCCUGUUUUGGUGCUAGGGGGAUUGCUGUUGGAGGUGGAUAUUCUCAGAUUGUCCCGUUGGAGGAGGUCAGCCUUCAGUCUUCAGGUCAAAAUGAGCUCAUUUCUGCUGCCAGUAAAGUGGUGAUGGACACUAUUAAAGCACAUGCUCACUAUGAGACCAAGCUCUCUGAGAAGGUUUUGUUUGACCUGUUGGUUCCUCUCAGAAGGGGGCAAAGGUCCUUUUCUCCAGCACAGCUCAACCGAAUGAAGAAACUGGGCAUUGAGAAAUCCGACCCCUUGACCUUCACAGGAACCGAGAUAAGACGUUUUGUCCGAUUAGACAUUGACCCAGACACUGCAACAGAUCCUGGCUCUCUGGAAAAUGAGAUCAUGGCUAUACUGUCACUCAGCAGCAGUGUGGAGGAGAUGCAGCAGAGGCUGGCCAAGAUAGUAGUCGCUACAAGCAAAUCUGGAGAUCCCGUCACCACAGAGGAUUUAGAUGUGAGUGGUCCGUUGGCCAUGCUAUUGAAAGGUACCCUGAAACCUGUCUUGAUGCAAACUGUAGAGGGUACACCAGUGUUUCUUCACACCAGCCCAUUAGCUGAUAUUGCCCAAGGCAGUCCUUCCAUUCUGGCAGACAAACUGGCUUUAAAAAUGGUUGGAUCCGAAGGUUUUGUAGUCACUGAGUCUGGUCACGGGGCUGACAUUGGCUUGGAGAAAUUUUUCAACAUUAAAUGUCGCUGCUCAGACCUGCGGCCAGAUGUGGUAGUGAUGGUGGCCACUGUUCGUACCCUGAAGAUGCAUGGUGGUGCCCCCCCUGUCCAAGCUGUUUUGCCCCUUCCAAAAGAGUAUUCACAGGAGAACCUAAAGCAGCUGGAGAGAGGCUGUUGUCAUCUGAAGAGACAGGUGGAAAAUGCACAAGCAUUUGGUUUGCCAGUGAUUGUAGGUGUCAACAAAUUCAGCUCUGAUACUCGCGCUGAGCUGGAGCUGGUGUGUGGCCAGGCCAGACAGGCUGGAGCCUUUGAAGCAGUGCAGUGUACUAACUGGUCUGAUGGUGGCGCUGGAGCGCUGGCUCUGGCAGAAGCUGUUCAGAGAGCAGCUAAACUACCUGGACAGUUCAGGUUCCUCUACGACCCACAGAUUCCAGCUGCCGAUAAGUUAAGGACUGUGGCACAAAAGAUGUAUGGUGCAAAAGAUAUCGAGCUGUCUCCAAAAGCAAAAGAAAAGCUUGCGCUUUAUACAAAACAGGACUUUGGGAAUUUGCCAGUUUGCAUAGCUAAGACACGCCUGUCCUUGAGUAAUGACCCUAUGUCGAACUUCAUGCUGCCCAUAACUGAUAUCAAGGCCAAUGCUGGAGCAGGUUUUCUCUGCUGUCUGACUGAAUCGACAAAUACGGAAAUGGAUGAUCCCAUAUGGCCUUGUUUCCAUGGCAACAACCUUUACAGUUCCAGCAAGUAGUGCAAUGGUUACUCACUAAGAUGGCCAAGCUGAAAUUGGUUUAAUUAAUGGCCAAUCAAACUUUUAGUAAGUGGAAAGAAACAGUUUUCUUUUUAACAUGGCUAAAUGAUUUCUAAAACCUACAAAUACUCUUAAGUCAAAUAGUGGCAUCAUAUUCUAGCUCUGUAUGAUCACCAUGUAUAGUAUUUUCAUGCAACUGCUGUUUUUUAUUUGCUAUAAAAGCAACUAAUUAUGUCUUUUUCACUGUAUGAAGUGUAAAUUUGUAAAAGACAAAUGAUGUUGCUCUGUAUUUUAUAAAUUCACUCCAGAUCUCAGUUAUUACGCUGUGAUUCUUGAUCCAUAUGAUAUUUUAGCCAUGACUGAGCUUUAGCAACACAGAACCAAUUGUCUGUCAGUAUUUUUCCUAUUACGCUAACGUUUGCCAGUAUUAUUGAAAGCCACGUUUGAUUUUAUAGAUAAUAUGUGACUAUAUGAGAUAGCGCAAUGUCUAUAUGUUUACUCUAUCUAUAUGCUGUCUUAUUUGACUCCAAUAAAAUCUUGGCUUAGCCUUUAAUGAAGUUUCCAGUUGCUAUAGAUACUAAGCUUGCCAACCUGAUUGUAGACUAUAAUUAGAUAAUUGUAUAUUUGUCCAGCUUGUUAGUCCAGUUUAUUUUUAGCCUCUUCUUCAAUACACGUUAUCCAGCAGCCAUUGCUGCUGUCCAGUAGUCAAUGAUCACUGUCAAUGUGUCCCUUACAGUUAUCUGAAGCUGUGUGACUAGAAAAGCAUUCUGUUUCUAUGGGGUAAAAACAUGUGCGUAUACCAUGCUGUGCUGAUAUUGAAUUUGAGCUAAUCAAAAAUGA